AUGUGUUUCCGCUUCCAGGACCUUCCAGCAGAACUGCGCAACCGUAUCUACGAGAUCGCUACAGUGGUCGGUGACGAGCCGCUGGCUAUAUCCCGGCUGCCUCACAGAGAAGACGGCAACUAUGCUGGUCUUACGAGAGCUUGCGUUCAAAUUAGAGCUGAAUAUCGACCAAUUCAGCGUCGCAAGGCCAAACUUUCCCUGAGCUUUUCAGACCUUGAUGUGUUUACUGGAACCUUUCUCGCUUCAGCCGCAGACAAGAUGAUUCUCCCUCUUGAGGUUCACGUCCGUGUAUCCCGUUUCACCAAGCCAGGUUGCGCUCUUACUUUCGACUCACUUCCAAUUCUACAAGUCAAAGUCCAGAACCCCCGCUUGGACAUCAGGAUCGUGCCCACUAAUAUCCCAAAGGGGCCUCAUUCCAUAGGGGGUGGCCCGCAUGACGCGGCUGCUCUAGCGACUAUCGCCUUGAACCAAGCACAGGACCUUAACUCGGUGCUCCUUCACUCAAACAAGGACUGGCAUACGUGUCUCAGUAACGGUUCCAUUGGCGAAGUAUAUAUAUGGAUGGAGAUCGGGUUCACACGGGUUGAGAUCGUCUUCGUGGGUACGCUUGGUUACAGGGACUGGCCAAAAACAUUCAGAGGCGACAAGGAGUGGCGUAUCUCUCACGGCCUGCAGGCUCCGGCAUCGCAUAGUCAUCGCAUCGACUUCUUCUUUCUUCACAAGGCGUAG